CUAGAGAUUGGCAGAGAGAGAAACACAGAAAGAGAGAGAGUGAGCGAGAGAGAGAGCGAGAGAUAGAAAGAGUGAAAGCACAUGCACUCCCUAUAAUGGUCGGUUAAAAGUGGACACGUUCACCGUCGUCCUCACAAAAGUGAAUAUAAAGUCAUUUUAUUCAUCUCACCAGGAUUAUUAUGUUUCUACUGUGUCAUUCUGAAGAGUUUUGUCUCCCGAACACGUGUUGAAGACUCAGAGACAUGUUGCUCAGGUAUGUUCUUUCUCCAGCUUUUUUUCAUUGCCAGAUAAUGCUACUUCUUUCAUGUUAUAAAUAUACCCUGUUUUUCCUUUUUCAUACAUUCAUUAUUACCUUGUCAUCACUGUGCAAAACAGGUUCUCAAAAAUAUUAGAAGCAAUUGAUAGCUGGUUAUUCAACAAACAUAAUCCCCUUGACAACAUACAACUGACAAUCAAUUGCCACUAAAUUCAAAAAUUGUCACAAGCAUAUAUUAAAAACAUUAUGCAAAUGCCCAAGAUGAAGAACAAGCAUAUAUUUAUAAUCAAACUGUCAUCUUAGUAGCCUAUAUAUUGAGUAGAAAGUAUUUAGGCCAGAUAAAUGAAUGGCUAAAAUAAGUUAUCUCCAGUUAGUAAAUGACCUAUUCACUGUUACUCUUCAAGCCUUAUUUGUCCUCUUCAGGAAUUAGUGUCAUGGUUACCUACUGACCAUUUCUAAGAGAUUACUCUUCAGAACUACACAUUGCAUCCUUGUAUCUUGUCCACAGUACUCUACCUGGGUUAGCAUUGUUGCCCUUGCGCCUAGUAAUGUGAGUAAAAAAUGUAUGCUGAGUAGUAGGACUGUGAUAUUCAUGUAUAGUCCACCACCUUCUCACUCUGAGCUGCUUUUUGUGUUAAUGCUACACCUGAUGUAAGAUCUGUAAGACGUGGUUCAUAGCCAGGCCAGGCGACUUUAUCUGUCCCCUCAGUACUAGAGGAAACAGCCUUCACCACAAACAUAACAGUGGUUAUGGCAGGAUAUGAGUUACAAGCCCAUCUAUGUUGUUUAUGCUAUGCAUGGGAACCUGUAGCUACAGAUCACAGAGUAAAAAUACAAAGAUGGAUGACCAUGUAGUGGUUUGAUGAAUUAGGCGACUGGGUAUUUUGUGGGAUAAUGUCACAUCUUCGCAAUAGUGUUCAGGUGAGCGCCAUCACCUCCUAGCUGUGUGAGAGUGACAUGCGAAUGUGUGAGCCAAAGUAAUGAAUCACAUUUUCUCCUCUGAAGCAGCAAUGUAUCCUAUGUUGUAAAUGAUAUACUUUAUCACUAAGAUCUUUAAAUCAGGAAAACUUGGCAUAUACAGAUUGCUUGAAAAUAUUUUGUGUUGCCGGGGAGAUGAGAAUAAAAAAAAAAAACUAAAGUAAAUAAACAAUUGUGGUAAUGGAAGAUGGAAUGGUCAUCAUUGUGCUGUUGCAGAGGAUUCCUGCUCUGUUCCUGAGUAUAAAUAAGUUGCUUGAAUGAUGUUGAGUUCCAAACAAAGCCAGUGAGGAAUGCCAGUAAAUGCUGGACGAUGCAUAACUUAGUUUUUGCAUGUCCAUUGUUCAAAAGUUAGACUAUGAUCGCUCAUCAUCCAAAGUAUCUUAGUCAGUAUCUAUAGUGCCAACUACAAUACAUAAAACUAAAUAUGAAAUUCAUGUGUGGUACAAUGACGAUAAAAACCAGGACAGUGUACUGUCUGCUACUCUCAAAUGAGCACUUAUUAAUGGGAAUGUCCCAAUGUCCACUAUCCUCAUUACUGAUCCAAAGAGUCUAAACAGGGAUAAAAUACGUUAAAUCUUAUAAAGCAUUUUAAAGGUUAAACCAUUUAUAAAGGUUAUAAAACCCUCACUGACUUUCAAUUUACACUAAGAAGCAUAGGCCUGACUGCAUAGGCCCCAGCCUCUGCUGCAGAGGGAGCGCUGUGCUGUCUCCCAGCAGAUUGUCUUAUCAGUGACUGGCCUAGUAGCACCACAGCUCAGCUGAUAGGAGGGAUCCAGCCCAACGGAACUCUGUGUGCCUGGUUGUCGCAUGUCCUAAACAGUUCAACACAGAACAUCACCCAAACACUCAUCUAGUACAUGUAGCCAUCUCUAGUGGGUCUACCUUUAUGGUAUGUGCAUCUUUCUGCAGUAUGAAAUGAGGUGCGUGUUCAGUUUACGGAGGUGAUGAAUACACCAGGUUCUCUUCAAGGAUUGUAACAUGUAGUGUUUUUCUUAGAUGAGGUGAGACUUCUAUAGUGUUUUUCCUUUGUGCGUUAGCAUCCACGUGUUGAAUCAAUAGAGAGGAGUUCAGCAUGUAAUCAGUGUAUUCUGAUGGCGAAAUAAAAAUGAAAAAAGCUGAUAAUAAUCGUGGUUUCUGUCCGUCUGUUCCCGGAGGGUUCCCUGCAACCACAGCCUGUCCUGAAUGUGUGCAGCAGCCAACUACAUACUCCCACAGAGGAGACAAAGUGAGGGCUUGGCGAAUCCGGGCAGGCUGUGUGGGGGGGUGUCGAUGCCCACCUAUGCCCCUGGAGCCCGGUCACGUGGAGCACCCCACGACCCAGAGAUGGACCUGGCCUGGCAGGAACUGAUGGCCAUCACAGAGCUUCAGGAGUUUGAGGUCCCCCAUGAUGGCCCAUAUGAAACUAUUCAGUACCAUCCCACAGAGCCACCUAUAUCUCUGGGAAGUUAUAGCAUGGUUCAGUCUCACUCUCAUACACAGCCUCUCCCCUGUUGUGGUGAGACAAACCGUGAUGUUGCAUAUGAGGGAACCUACUCUGAAGUAAUGCCAGCCUGCCAGCAUCAGGCUACCAGUGAAUUAACUGAGGCACUGUACAGACAUUCUGGAACUCAUUCUGGAGCCCAGCUGAAUCCCAGAGUUCUGAACCCUCUACCACCACCGCAGAUGAACUUCCUAGAACAUAUGAGUCUGACGAGUGUCGGUGGUGAGGGGUCUGUUGGAAAAGACAAUGCCGGCCUCUCUCAGGGUCCGAGUCGACACAUGCUAGGGACUGAUCACAGGCAGGGCAAACACCAACCAUGCACUGUGGAUGAUCUGGAGUCUGACUCGGGCCUAUCGUUGGGGUCUAGCCCACCGCUGGCCUCACCGGAUGAUGUCAUGACUGGCGUACCUGCUUGUUCAAGCACAGAGGUUGGUCUGAACUAUAGUCACAGGGGGAUGGAGAGUAUGGGUGAGCAAGGGAGGAGAGGUAGCCUCCUUUACUCCUUGGAUUAUCAGCAGCAUCCUACCCAGUCCUACACCUACUCAGGGCCACACCCCUCUUACUUCCCUGUAACACAACCAUCCCAAAUGCAACCGCAGCCUCACUUCCUGCCUCCCAUGUCAAUGAAACGUCAACAGGGUUUACCGAGUGCAUUGAAUGACUUGCACCUUAACAGCUCUGUCAGCAUAGGGAGCUCUUCUCAGGCGUUUUAUGUAAAACCCAGAGGCAACCCUCCUUCUGUCCCUUUGAGCCGGGACGAACGCAGAGCUCACGCCCUCAAGAUCCCUUUCCCUCUGGAGAAGAUCAUCAACCUACCCGUGGACGACUUCAACGAGCUCCUGACCAAGUACACGCUCACAGACGCCCAGCUCGCCCUCGUCAGAGACAUCCGCCGGCGGGGGAAGAACAAGGUGGCAGCUCAGAACUGCAGGAAGAGGAAGCUGGAGAAUAUAGUUUACCUGGAGGGAGAGCUGGGUCAACUGCAGGCCCAGAGGGAUCACCUGGCCAGAGAGAGAAUGGAGUUCCAACACAACCUGGCUAUUGUUAAACACCGCCUCACAGACUUGUAUGCGGAAGUGUUCUCUCAGCUCCGGGAUCAGGAUGGACAUCCCUACUCUAUAGAGGACUACUCUCUACAGCAGACCCCUGAUGGGAACGUAUACCUGGUGCCACGUACUGACGUGUUGGAUGGGGAAUAAUGUAAAAAUGAAAUCUAUUGGACAGCUAUUGUAUACUGCCUCACUUUUUAUACACCAUUAUGAAAUGUUGAUACAGUACAGUAAGAGCCAUUAAGUAUACUGAACAAAAAUAUAAAAUGCAACAAUUUCAGAGUUUCACUGAGUUAAAGUUCAUAUAAGUUAAUUGAAAUAAAUCAAUUAGGCCCUAAUCUAUGGAUUUCACAUGACUGGGAAUAGAGAUAUGCAUCUGUUAGUCACAAAUACCAAAAAAAAAAAAUGGGUCUCAGGAUCUCAACAUGGUAUCACUGUGCAUUCAAACUGCCAUCUAUAAAACGCAAUUGUGUUCAUUGUCUGUAGCUUAUGCCUGCCCAUACCAUAACCCCACUAUGGUGCACUGUUGACAUCAGCAAACCACUCGCCCACACGUUGUCUGCGGUUGUGAGGCAGGUUGGGCGUACUGCCAAAUUCUCCAAAACGACCUUGGAGGCAGCUUAUGGUAGAGAAAUUAGCAUGGUGGACAUUCCUGCAUUCAGCAUGCCAAUUGCACUCUCCUUCAAAACUUGAGACGUCGGUGGCAUUGUGUUGUGGUUCCAAACUGCACACUUUAGUGGCUAUUGUCCCCAGCAGGUGCACCUGUGUAAUGAUCAUGCCGUUUAAUCAGCUUCUUGAUAUGCCACACCUGAGUUGGAAGGAUUAUCUUGGCAAAGAGUAAUGCUCACUAACAGGGAUAAACAAAUGUGCACAAAAUGAGAAAUAAUCUUUGCAUCUUAUUUCAGAUCAUGAAACCAACAUGCAUGUUAAUGUUGAAAGUGUAUGGCAGCUACAAGUUAGUUUAGGAUACUGUGCUCAUAUGUACAAUCGAGUCAAUAGUUACAAGUACAGUCAUGGCUAUGCUUGUUCUGGAUACAUUUUAUUCAAUGUUGUAAGAAGUGCCUUCAUAAAGUAUUUAUACCCCUUGA